GUGGUGAGGCCUGGAAUGGAAUUCCCAGAGAAUCCGUGGCUGCCCCAUCCCUGGAAUUGUCCAAUGCCAGCUUGGACAGGGCUUGGAGCAACUUGGGAUAAGUGGAAGUUGUCCAAGGCAAGGAGUUGGAGCUGGAUGGUCUCCAAGGUCAUUUCCAACCCAACCCAUUCCGGAAUUUUGUCCUGCUGGUGCCACUUAGGAAGGAGAAUCCUGCUGGAUAACGAGAUCAGCUCCCCAUCCAACACCUCGUAGCCAUCGUGUGGCCAAGGUCCAGCUGGCUGUGGACCUUCUCCAUGGACGCUCAGCGUGCUUGGAGAACAUCCCAAGCCGCUCAAAUUUAGGGACAAACGACUUUUUUUGGACGGUUUGUGGUGGGGAAACGUUCCUGGUGAACUCACUGGGGUGAGUCGCCCGAAACCCGUCCCCGCGCCAGACAGGCCGAGCGAGUCCUGGAGGCUCCGACAACGUCUCAUCCGUGCCCAAACAACCACUGCCAUCUCCCAAAACGUUGGGAUGAGAUCGUUUAUCCCGGGAGGCAGCCGCUGUGCUUCCUUCAAGUGUCUGGGGGGACGAUUUCCCUAAUUUUCCUGCUGCUCCAAGGGUUUAAUCAGCCAGCAAAUUGCAGGCCUGGCUGAUUCCCGCCUUAUCUCCCGGCCUCGCUGCUCGGGUUCAAGGGCCCUGCUUGGCUUUGUCGUUUCGGGAUGAGCUCCCAGACUUCUUUCAGGGCGGAAUUAGUGGGAUUAAAGGCUUCGGGUACACCCGGACCUGCUGGUUUGAGCAGCUUCUCCAGGAGAGCAAACUUUGUUUAACCACAGGAAGCGUUUCGAGUUCUUUGAAUCGUUCCAGGUGAGGAGGAGCCUUUUCCAUGAAAAACCCCUCACCCCGUGACUCAGCCACAUCCAGCUCGGGAAUUGCGUUAAAUCCGACAAAUUUCCUUGUGAUCCGUAAAAAUUCCAUGAUGUAGCAUGCUUUAACCUGGUUACCUGCUUCUCCUGUGGUUUUUCAGAGGGAUCCCUGCGUUCCCUCUGCCCUAUUUUCCCCUGGCAGCUCCAUCGUGAGGGUGACACGGAUAAGAAGGGAAUUUUCUCCUCUCCCACGGGGCCGGGAGCCUGAUUUGCUCCCGGAAAACAUCGCUGGGAUAAUCAAACCUUCCCAGCUGCUUUGUUCCAGGCACCUAUUAUUGGGAAAAAUAGGCUGCUGUGAACUCUCACAAAGGCUUUGGAAAGCUGGAAUUCAAAGGGAGACAGGUUCAGGAGGAGGAUUUGGUCACCUCGCCCUUUUGGGGAGGGUGUGGGAGUUGGGAUUUGGGUCAUUUGUUCCUCUCGUGUAAUAAAAAACAGAUCCUAAUUGCUACAAAUUCUUAUUAUUAUACCAAAAUUACCGUGACAGGUAAACCAUGCCUGACGCCGUCGUUCCAAAAAUGACAAUACAAAAAAAAUGAAUCGUUUUCCCGACCAUAAUUCCCUGUUUUUCCGGUCCACAGCUCCAGAGCUUCCAAGAUGUGGGUGAUGGGUGGGCUGGAUGAAAUUCUUCCUACUCCGUGCUGGUUUUUCUCCCGUUUUGUUCUCCAGAGUGGUGGAGUUUGGCCUCCUGGUCCAAGGAACCUUUGGAAAUGGCUCUCUAGGAAAUGCUGGAAUUUUGGGGUCCUCGACAACCCUUGUGGAAUAGCUCAGGUUAUUCCAUGAUUUUGAUUCCGUGUCUUUGAGAAUCUUUCUGUGAUUCUCGCCCUUUGUUUUGGGGUGCUAGGAGUUGGAAAAACCUGGGAAAAUGGGGAAGGAAUAAUUCUACUCUUAAAAUCAAAUUGCCGGCCUUAAAGCAGGGAAUAAUUCCAUUGUGGAUGGAGUGUGGGUGAUGGAAAUGGGCUCUUUGCUGUAGAGUAGCCACGGCAACAUCAGAAUUCCUAAAAAUGUUUUAUUUUAAGGAUCCUCUUCAUGAGCACCCAAGACCACCCUGACUUCUGUUCCAAAAUAUUCUUCCUUGGGAGAAAUGAGUUCCCAGCACUUAAACCUCCCCAAACUGGUUUAAAACCCUGCUUUGAGCCCUAAAAACUGGGAAAAUCCUUAUUUAAAUAUUCCUUAUGCAAAGUGGAGCUCCUGACUCGACCGGUGCCGCAGGUAUUCCCUUGUUUUACCUCCUGAUUAUCCCACAGCAGCUUCUCCUACGUUCUCAGCUCCCGUCUGCAGCUCCAACCACAAAUCCCAAAGUUUUGAGUCAGCCCCUCAUUCCAGCUGCCUCCGGAGCGCUUCUCUCCCACACGCACCCGGUUCCUCUUCUUCCCUUGGCUUUCCCACUUGCCAGCCCGGCAAUCAUUCCCUGUUUUUGUGGUGGAAAAAUAGGGAUUAAUCAUCCUGACAGCUCCGUGACGACUUCCAGGGCACCUGAUUUAAACGGGAUGAGGCAAAAAUCUUAUUUACCGCGCCUCGGCUUUUCCUCCUUUCCUUUGCCGUUUGUUUAAGACAGGUUUGGAUCUGUUGGAGCAAAUCCAGGAGAUGCUCCAAGGGUUGGAGAGAGGCUGGGAGAGCUGGGAAUGUACAUCCUGGAGAAGAGAAGGCUCCAAGGAGACCACAGAGGUCCUUUUUAGUUCCUAAAGGGACUCCAGGAGAGCUGGAGAGGGAAUUUGGAAUAGGAAUGGACGGACAGGACACUGGGAAUGACAUGACAGCAAGGAUAGAUGGGAUACUGGGAAGGAAUUUCUGGCUGUGAGGGUGGUGAGGUCUGGAAUGCAAUUCCAGGAGAAUCUGUGGCCACCCCAUCCCUAGAAGUGUCCAAGGCCAAGUUGGAGCAACCUGGGAUGGAGGAAGGUCAACUAUCCCAUGGGAUAAGAUUCUGGGAAUCUGGGAGAGGCUUUCAUGCCCAUGGCAGGGGGUGGGACUGGAUGAUCCUGAAGGUUCCUUCCCACCCAAACCAUCCCACGGUGUUUAUUUCUGGCUCAGCCACGCUCCGGCAAGACAUUAAAAAUCCCAACCAAUUAUUCAAUUUUCUUCAACUUCCCCGAAAACCUCAUUCUGCCUUAUUUUUUGGGGGGGAUUUUGGAAGGGUUUUUGUCUUCUCCUCAUCUUUUCCCUUCCAAGGCCUUCAACCAGAGCGUUCUACUCACGCCUUGGUUCUUCUCCUACCUGUGGAAUACAGGGCUGCUAAACCAGGAUUUUCCCGGUUAUCCCGAAUUUUUUACACAGCCUGGGAGGUCUGAGAAAUUUAUUGAGAAGCCUCGUGGGAUUUGCCGGAAAAUUUGCCCCCUCCUGCCUUUAUUUCUCACGUUUUUCCUUCUGCUCCAUUUCUCCUCGCUUGCUUUUUUCACACCUUCCGCGUCCUCCUUCACGGCUCCGGCAGAAACUCCUUCAUCCCCACAUGGAGAGACUCGGAAUUCUGUCGGAAAGCUGCAGAAGCACAAAAAUUUCCCUUCUGGCUGCUUUUCACGGAGCUGCCGGAGUCCAGUGGAGCCGCAGGGAUGUGCAAACUCCAUCCUCAGGUGUUUCACGGAGUUGCUCCUAAUUUUUCUGUUCCAGGACUUCUGUCCUUUUCCCUUGGGAUUAACCUUUGAGUUUCCUCCUCCUCCCAUCGUUUUUUGGUCGUUCCCUGUUGGAAUUGUCUCGUAUCGGGUGUUUGGAUAUCUCUCUUAGAAUGAAGGAAUUGUUGGGGUUGGGAAAGAUUUCCAUGCUCAAGGAGUCCAACCAUUCCUUCGGCACCGCCAAGGCCACAUCCACAGGGAUGUGGAAUCCCUCCAGGAGAUGGGGAUUCCACCUCUGUGCCAGAGCUGGACAGCCUAAAAAUAUUCCCAAUAUCCAACCUAAACCUCCCCUGGCACAGCUUGAGGCCGUGUCCUCUCAUCUUUGUUCCCUGGGAGCAGAUCCCAACCCCCCAGCUGGCUCCAACAUCCCGUCAGCAUCUUCCCAACUGUUUUCCUCGUGCUCUGCCGUUCGCUUGGAAUUUCUCCAACUGUUGAGCUCCUGCUACAGUCACACUUUUUUGUCUUUUUUCUUUUUUUUUUUUUCUUUCCCCCCCCUCAUUCUCCUGUCCUCCUACUCCCAUCACUCCCGCUGCCAUUCCUUCAGUAUCUCGCAGGGAAAAGAUGUUUUCAUACUCUGGGAUCUCGUGGAGUCUUUGAUGCUGGGAUAUGCAAAUUUAUUUGCAUCUCCUUUGUGCUGCCGGUACCUUGCUGCGUCUUUCAGGUGCUGGAUUGUUGAUCCAGCUCCGCUGUAUCCCGGUGGGAAUUAACCCUCAUGCUGGGAGACUCUUGGUAGCUGUUAAUCCAAGAAAACAAAACCAAAAACUGCAUUAAUUCCUGCCAGUUUUAGCACGGAGUUUUUUUGGCUGCUGUGAGUCGUGAACAAGAGGCCGGAGGGAGAAUUGGGAGUGUGGAAUUUGGAAAGAAAAUGUAGGGAAGAGAGAAGUUGUGGCGAGGAUAUGCCGUGACCUUCCUUCUGCUGGAGCAAAACGGGCCUCGGUUGUGUCAGAUUGGGAGGGAAUGAUAAAAUUUUCCGUUGGUUUCGGCGGGAUUCCUUGUGAAGAACUUGGGAGUUCCGUGGGUGGUUUGAGGCGCUUUCAUGGAAUCAUGGAAUGGUUUGGGUUGGAAGGGACCUUAAAGAUCCCGUUCCAAAUCGUUGCUGAGUAUCCAUUUCCGCGUCUGUUGGGAAAGUGACUCCUAUCCACGGAUAUCCAUCCCAUUUUCCUCGAGGAAAUCCCUCCGUGGAAGAACUUAAAAUUUGAGGGUGUUCUGAAGGAAGGAGAAGUCUGGAGCAGCUCCUUGUAUCCAAGUUUUAUCGUGGAUACGGCACGUUUCCUUCCGAUGGCGACGGGAACGCGAUCCGUGCCGUGCAGCCAAUGGGCCGGCUGGGAAGCCAAAAUCAACAGCGUGCAGUAGGAGGAGGAAUUUUGAUGUGUCAGGGAACAAAAUCCAGUGUAGGUUGGUGUGGAGUUGAUUCCAGCCUCAAAUGGGAGGAAUUAAACCCAGAAUUCGUGCAUGGAAUGCGAUGAUGGAUUCCACGUUUGCUUCUGGAGUGUUGAUGGGCAGCGUUGUCCUGCCCUGCCGUGGAUCGCUCCAUUUUGGGAGUUUGUGGGAAGGGGUUGGGUGGGAAGGUGAGGAAAGGUGGGUCCAGUGUGGGAGGUUGGGAAUGAUUAUUCUGGAAGGUGAGGAAGGGUCUGGUGUGGAAGGUUGGGAAUGGUCAUUGUGGAAGGUGAGGAAUGUUCUGGUGUGGAAGGUGAGGAAUGUUCUGGUGUGGAAAGUUGGGAGUGGUCAUUGUAAUAGGUGAGGAAUGAUUUGGUGUGGAAGGUGAGGAAUCUUCUGGUGUGGAAGGUUGGGAAUGAUUAUUCUGGAAGGUGAAGAAGGGUCUGGUGUGGAAGGUUGGGAUUGGUUGUUGUAGAAGGUGAGGAAUGUUCUGGUGUGGAAGGUGAGGAAGGGUCUGGUGUGGAAAGUUGGGAGUGGUCCUUGUAGAAAGUGAGGAGUGAUCUGAUGUUGAAGGUGAGGAAUGUUCUGGUGUGGAAGGUUGGGAAUGAUUAUUCUGGAAGGUGAGGAAUGAUCUGGUGUGGGAAGGUUGGGAAUGGUCAUUGUAGAAGGUGAGGAAUGUUCUGGUGUAGAAGGUGAGGAAUGAUUUGGUGUGGAAAGUUGGGAGUGGUCAUUGUAAUAGGUGAGGAAUGAUCUGGUGUGGAAAGUUGGGAGUGGUCAUUGUAAUAGGUGAGGAAUGAUCUGGUGUGGAAGGUGGGGAAUGAUCAUUCUGGAAGGUGAAGAAUGGUCUGGUGUGGAAGGUUCGGAUUGGUUGUUGUAGAAGGUGAGGAAGGGUCUGGUGUGGAAGGCAGGGAAUGGUCAUUGUGGAAGGUGAGGAAUGAUCUGGUGUGGGAAGUUGGGAGUGGUCAUUGCAGAAGUGAGGUUGGUGUGGAAGGUUGGAAUGAUCUGGUGUGGAAGGUGAGGAAGGGUUUGGUGUGGAAGGUGAGGAAUGUUCUGGUGUGGAAAGUUGGGAGUGGUCAUUGUGGAAGGUGAGGAAGGGUCUGGUGUGGAAGGUUGGGAAUGGUCAUUGUGGAAGGUGAGGAAUGUUCUGGUGUAGAAGGUUGGGAAUGAUUAUUCUGGAAGGUGAGGAUUCUUCUGGUGUGGAAGAUGAGGAAAGCUCCAAUGUGGAGGGUGAGGAGCAAUCCCAUGUGAAAGGUGAGGAGCAAUCCAAUGUGGAAGAUGGGGACGGAUUUUAUGUGGAAGAUGAGGGACAAUCCCAUGUGGAAGGUGGGAAUGGAUUUUAUGUGAAAGGUGAGGGACAAUCCCAUGUGGAAGGUGAGGGAAGCUCCAGUGUGGAGGGUGAGGAGCAAUCCCAUGUGGAAGGUGGGGAUGGAUUUUAUGUGAAAUGUGAGGGACAAUCCCGUGUGGAAGGUGAGGGAAGCUCCAGUGUGGAGGGUGAGGAGCAAUCCCAUGUGGAAGAUGGGGAUGGAUUUUAUGUGAAAGGUGAGGAGCAAUCCCAUGUGGAAGGUGAUGAAGCGUCUGGUGUGGAAGGUGAGGUAAGCUCCAAUAUGGAGGGUGAGGAGCAAUCCCAUGUGGAAGGUGAGGAGCAAUCCCAUGUGGAAGGUGGGGAUGGAUUUUAUUUGGAAGGUGAGGAAAGCUCCAAUAUGGAAGGUGAGGAGCAAUCCCAUGUGGAAGAUGGGGAUGGAUUUUAUUUGGAAGGUGAGGAAAGCUCCAAUAUGGAGGGUGAGGAGCAAUCCCAUGUGGAAGAUGGGGACGGAUUUGAUGUGAAAGGUGAGGGACAAUCCCAUGUGGAAGGUGGGGACGGAUUUUAUGUGGAAGAUGAGGGACAAUCCCAUGUGGAAGGUGAGGAAAGCUCCAGUGUGGAGGGUGAGAAGCAAUCCUGUGUGGAAGGUGGGGAUUUAAACUCACAACCAAAACCUGGUUUUAUCCUCCCGGCCCUCAGGUCCAUCCCAAACCCCGCAGCAGGUGCUGAGGAGCGCUCUGGCUCCCGGCAAUUAAACGCCGCUAACGACGGAAUCGCUCGUUCCGUCCCUCGUGAUUGCAGAGGGACGCUCCUGGCGCAGCCUCUCAACACGGUUCUGCAGCACUGGAAAGGAAAAAAAAAAUUAAAAAAUAAAAUCAAAUAUGAAUAUUUUAAGGAGACAGAUUGCUGCCUUCAUCUGGCUCCCUGAUUAGAUGCCAGGGCGGCACCGUGCGACAGGAAUUCCAUUCUUUUCCUUCCCUUCCCUCUUUCUUUUCCCUCUUUUAUUGAAAUAUUGAUUUUUGAUUCUCUGGAAAGAUUCACUGUGGGGGUAAAAUCCCUUUUUGCUGCCUGAACUUGUGAAAACCUUGAAGCCUCCAGGCCCAAAGGUGACCCGCAGAGCUCUGCAGGAUUUUUGGGAAGCGGGAAAACGGCGGUGACGGCGCCGUCGGCUCCGGUAAAAUGCGGAUUUAAAGUGCAACUCGGGCUUGUUUUGCCCGUGCUGCUCUUCAUGGUAAUCUGAAUUUUCAAUGUAGUUUUCAAAGGUUUCCAAGCAACCAUGUGUGGUCGGCUUUGGCACGAUCCCAGCGUCCUCUCGCUUCCUUUGGGAUGGCGCCAGCCAGGAAGUUUCCUGCUGGCUUGGAGCGGUGGGAGACGGCCACCGA